AUGACUGGAACAGCAGUAUCUUCGGAAAAGUCGGCGAAUGUGAGACUGCACUCACAGGUGGAGGAGGAUGAACGAGCGGAUGGUGGGAGUUCUUCGUCAGAAGAUGACUACGGUCCCGCCCUCCCCUCUGGACCCCUGAAGAAGAAGAAAAGAAGGGAGUUACCAUACGAGAAGCUCUAUGUCAAGGCCUUACCAGCAUCUCCGCGAUACUCUAAAUCCUUGAUGCACCGCGACCAGCUCGCCUAUGUGACUGUAACCCCACAUACGGACUUUGUCAUAACUAGCUCGAUAGAUGGCGUGGUCAAAUUCUGGAAGAAAAUGGCCGUUGGAAUGGAGUUCGUGAAGGAGUUCCGCGCCCACAUCGGGGAGGUCAAGGGAGUCAGUGUGACUUCAGACGGGCGAAGUUUUGCAACUGUUGGGGCGGACAAGACUAUAAAAGUGUUCGAUGUGAUAACUUUUGACCUCCUCGCAGUCCUUAACCUCGAGUUUAUCCCUAGCUGCGUGUGCUGGGUGCAUCAGCGAGGCGCAUCUUUACCCCUGUUGGCAGUAUCGAGCGAAGGAGACAGUACUAUUUUGAUAUUCGACGGACGCUGCGAAAAGACGACACCUCUUCACAAAUUAAGUUCGAUACACAGGGCACCAGUGACUUCCAUGGCCUUUAACGAUGCAUAUAAUUGUGUAAUAUCAGUUGACAGUAAAGGCAUGGUUGAAUACUGGCGCCCGGAUGACCCAUUCGAUAAACCGGAAGGCGUUUUCGACUUGAAAUCCUCCACAGACCUCUUCAUAUUCAAAAAGUCCAAGUCAUUACCAUCAUCAAUCUCGAUCUCGCCGUCUGGCCACCAAUUCGCUACAUUUUCUUUUCCCGACAGACAAGUCCGGGUCUUCGAUUUCGCCUCUGGGAAACUAUAUCGUUCGUACGAUGAAUCCCUUCAAACCGUGACAGAGAUGCAGCAGGCUGGUACUGCCCUGCAGAAACUAGAAGAAGUCGAAUUUGGCCGUCGAUUAGCUACAGAGCGCGAACUUGGGAGCCCUGCCACCGCCCCGAAAGUUAAUGUUAUAUUCGAUGAGUCUGGUCAUUUUAUAUUAUAUGGGUCUAUACUAGGUGUCAAAUGUAUAAACACAUUUACAAACCGAGUUGUAAAGGUCUUUGGAAAGGAUGAGCCAUUCAGAGCUCUGAACCUUGCGAUAUAUCAAGGCCAACCGCAGAAGAAGGGGGUCGUGACGUUGUCCAUGGCUGCUAGUUCUAAUCCACUUCUACAGGAGGCUGAGGAACGUGACCCGAUCUUGAUAAGCACUGGAUUCGCAAAAGUCCGAUUCUAUCUCUUUACUAACGAAACAGAUAUAUCAAAAUCAACCCGAGACGUUCAAAAUGAGAAACCGGUCCACGACCGGGACGCCGUGGACGCAGCAGCCGCCGCAAAGCCUGCGGAAACCGGGACGUCGGCAGUCCUACACACAACGCUUGGGGAUAUUCACCUCCGGCUUUUCCCUUCUGUUGCACCCAAGACGGUCGAGAACUUUGUAACUCACUCGAGAAAUGGGUAUUACAAUAACACUAUCUUCCACCGUGUUAUCCGCAAAUUUAUGAUUCAAGCCGGUGAUCCUCUGGGCGAUGGCACCGGAGGAGAAUCUAUCUGGGGAGGUGAAUUCGAGGAUGAGUUCUCAUCUCUUAAACACGACAAGCCAUAUACCUUGUCUAUGGCCAAUGCGGGCCCAAAUACAAAUGCAAGUCAGUUCUUUAUAACCACAGAAAAGGCAGGAUGGUUAGAUGGACAUCAUACUAUCUUUGGCCGAGCGGUGAAGGGCCUGGAUGUGGUGCAUAAGAUUGAGAAUGUCAAGACACACAAGGAAAAACCGGAAGAAGAUGUAAAGAUUGUUAGCAUCAGCAUUAGCUAG